AUGAGAAAAAACACCUCUGUGAUUGAGUUUGUCAUACUGGGCUUCUCUGAUUACCCAGACAUGAAUCCUGGUUUGUUCAUGGUUUUUCUAUGUAUUUACAUCAUCACAGUGCUGGGCAACAUCCUCAUUAUUAUCAUCAUAAGUGUGGAUCCUGUUCUGCACACUCCUAUGUAUUUCUUCCUCAGGACCUUGUCUUUCCUGGAGAUCUGUUACACAUCAGUGACUCUACCCAAGAUACUAGCCAACUUGGUCUCAGAGAGUAAAACCAUGUCCUUUGCCAGUUGUGCUGUACAGAUGUAUUUCCAUCUAUUCUUCGGUGUUACUGAAUGCUUUCUGCUUGCUUGUAUGGCCUAUGACCGCUAUAGUGCCAUAUGCAAACCAUUGCACUACACUGCCAUCAUGAAUAAUAGGGUUUGCAUCCAGCUGACAGGUGCUUCAACUAUCUGUGGCACCUUGGCGGCCAUGGGGCACACUACUUUUGUCUUCACACUUCCUUUUUGUGGAUCCAAUGUAAUCAAUCAUUUAUUUUGUGAAAUCCAACCAGUGCUGAAACUGGUGUGUGGGGACACCUUUUGGAUUGAGAUCCUGAUAAUUUUGGGUGCUGCCUUCAUCCUCAUACUGCCUUUCAUGCUGAUCCUGGUGUCCUACAUCUAUAUCAUCUCCACCAUCCUGAAAAUUAGGUCCACUGAAGGCAGGCGCAGAGCCUUCUCCACCUGCUCCUCACACCUCAUCGUGGUAACAUUGUUCUAUGGGCCGGGCCUUAUCAUGUAUCUGCAUCCCAAGUCCAGUUUCUCUCCAGAUGUGAACAAGUUACUCUCUCUGUUCUACUCAGUGGUGACUCCGAUUUUGAACCCCAUUAUCUACAGCUUCAGGAAUAAGGAGAUGAAAAGUGCUUUGAGGAAAAUAGGGAUGAAGAUAUUUCAUUCAGAAAUAUAG